GUCCGAUUAUUAAUUGAUCCAUGAUUUAAGCUGUAUUUUAACCGACAUAAGUAAUGAAGAGGUGCCUGCACAUCUCAGCAUUUCUCGUGUGUUGAAAAGGCUUUCUCAUCUAAACCUUGUACAGUGACCACAAAAUGGCUCAUGAGACAGCCUGGAGAAAGUUAUACAUCUUCCUGGUUCUUCUCGUAAACUGCCGAAACGUUCAUUCGAAGAGACAAGGUUCGGUUCCAGUCACGUCAUUAGGAUGUUACCAAGAUAGUGUGAGCUACCAAAGUCAAAGGAUAUUCCCCAUUCUGUUUUUAAGAGUUAAACCUGCAAGGUGGUGGUCUGAUAGUAACCAUAUCAUACAAUCAUGUGCCUCUGCGGCUGCCGCCCGAGGAUAUCGGAUAUUUUCUAUUCAGGAUUUCGCAGAAUGUCGCUGGGGUCCAAGCGCUGAAAGAGAUUAUGGCAAAUAUGGCCGUGGCUUGUACUGUUACAGAGGACUGGGAUGGAUGGGAUCUGGCAGCGUGUACAGGGUUCAAAGUUCAUCCCCAGUAAAUGGAAAAUGGGCGAGCUGGUCUCGUUGGAGCUCAUGUAGCGCCAGUUGUAAUGGUGGAACUCGAACUCGUCGACGCAGCUGUACCAAUCCUCUACCAGCCAAUGGCGGUGCAAGGUGUUCUGGAUCCAACUCACAGACGCAGUUUUGCAACAGCAACCGCUGCCAUAGUAGAGUUGUUCAUGGUAGGUGGUCAGCAUGGCGGCCAUGGAGCACAUGCUCUCGAAGCUGUGGCAGAGGAUCACAAAUCAGGACCAGAACAUGCACCAACCCCGCUCCAAGAAAUGGUGGCAAUAACUGCCGAGGAUCAAACACUCAAAGAAGGAGAUGCAACUCAAAGAGAUGCCCCGUUAAUGGAGGCUGGUCACGCUGGCGACGGUGGAGCUCCUGCUCCAGAAGUUGUGGGGGUGGAUCACAGCGAACAGUUAGGACAUGUACCAACCCCCCUCCAAGAAAUGGAGGGUCCACAUGUCCAGGAAGGAGCAUUUUAGUCCGUUUAUGCAAUACCAACCGCUGUCCAGGUUGUGUGGAAAGUAGCAUAGUAACCGAUAGAUGUGGCCAGCGGUGUAUGUGUUCACGUGGUCGCUUUAUCCAGUGCACUCGUGUGAGACGGGAAUUUACAGCCAUGUCAAGAGCAGACCGUGAAAAAUACGUCAGAAUUGUUCGCACUGUGUCAACAGACCCCAGAUACAAACCAGAAUAUGACAGAGUAAUAACCCAACAUAGAACAAUAUUCAAUGAUGGGAUUCACCAGCGAGAUUUGUUCUUACCAUGGCAUAGAUGGUACCUACUGCAAUAUGAGAACCUUCUUCGACGCGUAGACUGUACAGUGACAGUACCUUACUGGGACUGGAGCCAGGUAUCACGUUCUCCAUGGCGCGGUAGAGCGUCUGAUUUGUGGUUCUCAGGAAAUAGUGGUUUUGGUGGGAAUGGAGAAAAAACACCUCAACAGUGUGUGACAAGUGGUCCGUUUAGGCGAGGAGUUUGGAAUGUUGUGCCAUCAGCCGGGGGUGGCUGUCUCCGUCGCCAGUUUAAUCUAAGUGACAAUACCCCUGAUUCCGCUGCAGUCGCAGAGGUGUUAAGGAUUCCUCAUUCGGAAUUUGAUUCCUUCGAGAUUGCGCUGCGAAUAAACCUUCAUGACACUGUACACUGCUUAAUUGGAGGCACCAUGUGUUCAUUCGACUCAGCUGCUGCCCCUGAAUUUAUGCUGCACCAUGGUUUUAUAGAUAAGAUAUGGGCAGACUGGCAAAGAAGGAGUAGAAAUCACAUGAAUGCUCAUUUUCCCUCCGUCACUACACCCAUGCCCGGCACAAACCAGCUCCGUACAACAGUAGUUUUGAAUAACUUAAGAUUACCGGGAGGGGUACGAGUGCAGUUCCAGAAUCCACCGAGACCGCAUAUAAGAAACCGUUUUGGAGCCUUGACUACAAAUUCGCUUGGCCAAGCUUCACGAGGGAAGUUUUCUGUCCUUAGUGAAAAAGCUAUGAGGCUGUUCAACGUCUCCAAAACAGAGGAGGAGAAGGCAAGACGACUAGGAAUUUGGUUGCUGCCUACACACCAACGAGCUGGAAAGAGAAACUCCAUGGACACCUCAAUAGAUUUUGGGUUUGAUCCUUAGUCAUUAAUUUGCAACGAUAUCUCGCUAGCUUUAUCAAAAUCUACUUUUAUCUCCAUUGUCAAUCAUCCUUGCGCUCUUUAAAUCCUCAAUGAGAAGUACAGCCAACUGAUGUUAAGUAUGUGUUUGAAAUUGUGGCAUAUUGUCUCAUUUUGUUAGUUGCUGACUUCUUUGAAUCAAUGCAGAUAAACUUUGCGCUUAACCAUUAAAAUCCCUAAGUUUAA